AUUAAAAAUAUCCACAAACUAUGAGUAAUAUCGUUCAAUACGUUGUGGUUCGCAGUGACCUGCGUUCGGCCCUCAAUUGGCCCCUGGGGGCCAUUAUUGCACAAUGCUGUCAUGCCACGGCAGCCGUGAUGCACUUGAAUGCAGAAGACGCUGAAACGGUGGCGUAUCUGAAAGAUCUCGACAACAUGCACAAGGUUGUGCUGCAGGCCAAGGACGAGGCGGCGUUGGUGAAACUCGGCGAAAAGUUGAAGGAGAAUGAAAUAAAACACAAACUUUGGAUUGAGCAGCCGGAGAACAUACCCACCUGCAUCGCAUUGAAGCCAUAUGUGAAGGAAAGCGUUCAUAAAUACGUUAAGCACCUCAAGCUACUGAAAGAGUAAUAAAAAUGAACAAGUUUCAAAAGUAA